AUGGAUUCGCCUACUUCGUUUGAGGCAAUGACAGCAUCAACAGUCAGAAAUGAAGAUUCACCGCCGCACAAAACCAUGACUAACGCAACGGUAACCAAGGUCUACACAGCUUCACCCACCUUAACGCAGACCGAGAAAAGGACGGGCACUCCAGCUUACACUGCGUUACCCACCUUAAUGGAGGCUGAGAAAAGGACGGGCACUCCAGGUUACACUGCGUCACCCACCUUAACGGAGACCGAGAAAGGGACGGGCACUCCAGCUCACACUGCGUCACCCACCUUAACGGAGACCGAGAAAGGGACGGGCACUCCAGGUUACACUGCGUCACCCACCUUAACGGAGACUGAGAAAGGGACGGGCACUCCAGCUCACACUGCGUCACCCACCUUAACGGAGACCGAGAAAGGGACGGGCACUCCAGCUCACACUGCGUCACCCACCUUAACGGAGACUGAGAAAGGGACGGGCACUCCAGCUCACACUGCGUCACCCACCUUAACGGAGGCUGAGAAAGGGACGGGCACUCCAGCUCAAACUGCGUCACCCACCUUAACACAGACCGAGAAAAGGACGGGCACUCCAGGUUACACUGCGUCACCCACCUUAACGGAGACUGAGAAAGGGACGGGCACUCCAGCUCACACUGCGUCACCCACCUUAACGGAGACCGAGAAAGGGACGGGCACUCCAGCUCACACUGCGUCACCCACCUUAACGGAGACUGAGAAAGGGACGGGCACUCCAGCUCACACUGCGUCACCCACCUUAACGGAGGCUGAGAAAGGGACGGGCACUCCAGCUCAAACUGCGUCACCCACCUUAACACAGACCGAGAAAAGGACGGGCACUCCAGGUUACACUGCGUCACCCACCUUAACGGAGACCGAGAAAGGGACGGGCACUCCAGCUCACACUGCGUCACCCACCUUAACGGAGGCUGAGAAAGGGACGGGCACUCCAGCUCACACUGCGUCACCCACCUUAACGGAGGCUGAGAAAGGGACGGGCACUCCAGCUCAAACUGCGUCACCCACCUUAACACAGACCGAGAAAAGGACGGGCACUCCAGGUUACACUGCGUCACCCACCUUAACGGAGACCGAGAAAGGGACGGGCACUCCAGCUCACACUGCGUCACCCACCUUAACGGAGACUGAGAAAGGGACGGGCACUCCAGCUCACACUGCGUCACCCACCUUAACGGAGGCUGAGAAAGGGACGGGCACUCCAGCUCACACUGCGUCACCCACCUUAACGGAGACUGAGAAAGGGACGGGCACUCCAGCUCACACUGCGUCACCCACCUUAACGGAGACCGAGAAAGGGACGGGCACUCCAGCUUACACUGCGUCACCCACCUUAACGGAGACCGAGAAAGGGACGGGCACUCCAGCUCACACUGCGUCACCCACCUUAACGGAGACCGAGAAAGGGACGGGCACUCCAGCUUACACUGCGUCACCCACCUUAACGGAGACUGAGAAAGGGACGGGCACUCCAGCUCACACUGCGUCACCCACCUUAACGGAGACUGAGAAAGGGACGGGCACUCCAGCUCACACUGCGUCACCCACCUUAACGGAGACCGAGAAAGGGACGGGCACUCCAGCUCACACUGCGUCACCCACCUUAACGGAGACCGAGAAAGGGACGGGCACUCCAGCUUACACUGCGUCACCCACCUUAACACAGACCGAGAAAAGGACAGCCACCCUAUCGAUGACGGUGCCUUCUCCCGAUCCUAUUCCUGGUGAUGAGUCUCGCGCUGAUCCCACGAAGUUUAUCCUUACCGUUUGCAGCAUUUUCAUUGUAUUGUUUAUUUUUAUUAUUGUUGUGGUGAUUGUACGCCGCUUGCGUCGCAAAAAAAGGCGGGCUGGGAAUAGAACAUAUGGCGGCUCAGUUGGAAGUAGCCAUGGUGGUGUGCAGGGUGUCUCAAACCCGCUUGCCGGACCGCAGGAGCGGAGUGCAUACCAAAGGGUCAAGCAAACUUAUUCUUACCCUGAAACGCCUACACCGCCCGUGCGGAUAAGUCAAGCGAGGACACCACAGAUUGUCUUGGGGGGACAGCCUUAUUUUUAUCCUUACAUGCCCGCACCGCCCGUGCGGUUGAGUGAAGGGAGGAGGCCUGACCUUCUAUCAGAGGGCAACCGGGAGGCUUUCCGUAGCAUCAGGAUGCAUCGAAUAAACCACAUGAAUGGGGAUGAAGCCACUCGAUUCCACCUUCUGCGUCACGCAGAAACGGCGUCUGUGGAGUUUGGCCCCUUUGUGGACUCCGAUAGCGAUUGA